CAGCCUCGUCACUCUCCGUUCCGGUGAAGUCCACUGUGGCGAACGCACCAAUCGGUACAAUUUCUCGUUUUUAUAUCUUUCGAAGUCAUGGGACGUAAGAGGAAACGGCACAAUCAGAACCAAGGUCACAAAAAGCGGCAUGAAAAGGAGAAGUAUUGGAUCAAUGAUUGCAAGUCUUCGAAAGAUGGAAACUACGAUUUCUGUCUCUGGAUUACCCGCUCUUACCUUUCUGACAAUUAUCAGCAGCUGCAUGCUUCUGACUCUUUGACGGAAUGCGAGAGUGAUGCUCACAUCCUUUCCGAGAAAGAUUUGGCUCACCGGAUUUCAACGCCAACGCAAAAUGCCUAUAUUGUCGAUCAGAGAGCAGGCGUUCCAUUUAACUCACAAGCCGACACAACCUCUAAAGUCACGGUGCUUUCCGCUCCUAGAAUAGAGGAGCGAUCACUGAAACCAUCAAUCCGUAUUCGAAGAACCGGCUCGGCCGAUAAGCCACUAGACGUGUCCAGUAACGAGCACUUUUCUCUGCUAGCCAACGGCGACUGCGGAGAUGGCAUCUGCAACCCGUAUAGGCAAACGGAGGUCGCUGAUAAAUACUGGGCCCAACGGAAGCGACUCUUCACAAAGUUUGAUAAAGGCUGCAAACUUGAUAGGGACGGUUGGUUCUCGGUCACUCCCGAAAUAAUUGCGAAUCAUAUUGCACAGAAAAUGUUUCACGGACAUCACGACGACAAAGCAAUUGUGCUAGACGCCUUUGCCGGCGUAGGUGGAAAUUCCAUUGCAUUUGCUCUACGACCAGAAGUAUCAUUAGUGAUUUGCGUCGAUAUUGAUGAAUCGCGGCUUUGCUUUGCUGCAAACAACUGCCUCGUCUACGACAUACCGAGAGAAAAGAUUGUUUUCAUUUUGGCGGAUGCCAUGGACGUCUUGGCGAGAUACAAGAGCGGGGCACUAGCUAGCUGUCUUCAACAUCUGUCGACGAAAGAAAGUCCAGUCCACGGAAAAAGAUUUUCUGCCGACUAUCACGGCUACCGAUACGGAGGUGUCGAGCUUCUUCCAGAAAAGCUCGACGCCAUUUUUCUUUCACCUCCUUGGGGAUCCCCGGAAUGGACUAUGGAAAGUUAG